AUGAAUCUUUUACGUCGUCCUCUCCGUCCUCGUCUUCGGCCACUAUUACUCAGCGAAGUAACAUUAGAUGGGAGAAGUGAACCUUUAUCACCACUUUCAUCAGUAUCAAGUUCAACAAGCGAUUCAGAUCCAUCAUCGCGACCAUCAAGUCAUACACGAUCGCAACGUUUUCUGCCACCAUUAACUGAAGAAACUAGUCAUCAUGUUAGCCUAGUGACACCAUUUCAAAGUGAACAACCGACACUUGUUGAUCAGUUAACUAUAUUGAUGAAUGAUGAUGAACAAAAAGAUGAUGGUGAUAUUGAUGAUAGUGAUAGUCAAGUAGAGAAGAAGCGAAUUUCACGAGUGAAACAAUCCAAAAAAUCAUUGGUACCACUUAAAGCACGUGAAUAUUCCCAAUUUAGUGAAUUGCAUCAUGCUAUAAGAACAGCGAAACCACGAACACUUAAUCGAACACCAAAAUUUAAAGGGCCACCUGGUUUACCACUCAGGCAAACACGUUCAUUUCAUGAUAUUAAAUCGCAUUAUUCGCAAAUUACAGAUGAUGAAGCCUAUAAUAUUGUUAAUCAAUUUACUUUCAAUGAUUUUAUUCUUCAAGCUUCAAUAGCAAAAUCGCAUCCUUGUGAAGAAUGUACAUUGGAAAAAGCUAUUUUAUCAAAAUAUACUUAUAAACAAAUAUGUGAAAUGAUUGCUGAACGUGUUUGGGCAGAACGUGGAGAAAGUGGAAAAAUUCAUGUACAAACACUUGUACCUAAUAUAGAACCAUUUCAAAAUCGAGUACCUAUGCAUCAAAUUGUAACUGAAAUGGCACUUGUUCUUAGACAACAUAUGUCGAAUAUACUUGGUUCUCAACUUAGAAUGAAUAUAAGAGCAUUACCAAGCUGGCGUCAAAAAGAAGGUGCUCAUACAGAAAUUCUUCUUUAUGAAUCUGAAGGCGGCGCAGGGGGUACGAAAAAUGAUACAAAAAUCUUAACAAAAGAAAACAGUAAUUCAACGAAUCUCAAGCGUGAUACAGGCGCUGAAAUUGCUGUUCUUGAUAGUUUAUUAAAAACUGGAACUAAUUUAGAUUUACGUGCUUUUGCACUUGAUCAUAUACCGGAUAUUUCACUGAUGUUUACAACUUUAGUUGCAGUCGAUUUGUCCUACAAUUGUUUACGUGCGGUACCAAAAGAAUUAUUCGAAUGUACAAAAUUAGAACAUCUGUAUCUACGUCAUAAUCCAAUCUCAUUAGUAUCAUCGGGAUUGAAUAGUCUCAAAACACUUGUCUUUCUUGAUAUGGCAUUUUGUGAAUUACAUGAUUCUCUACCGGAUAGUUUAUUUGGUUUAACUAAUCUUCGCCAUCUGGAUGUAUCAUACAAUCGUUUAACGAACAUUUCAAGUGGUAUAUCAAAUUUAAAAAAUCUUCGACAAUUUGUUUGUGAUGGAAAUGAAAUAACUUGUUUUCCAUCCAGUAUAAUUUGUAUGGAAAAUCUUCGAUUAAUUACAGCAAAAAAUACAUGGCUUAUACCACAAUUAGCUCAAAGCGAAUGUUCAAAGAAACCUCCAAAAUUGCUUGAAUUACUUGCUCUUCGCUUAAGUAAAUAUCCUUGGAAACGUUUAUUACAUAAAAUGCCUGACUCAUCAAAAACAUUAUUAUUCGGAGCUCACUUAUGUGAUUCUUGUUCGGGUUUACGAGUUGCACAAGGCUAUCGUGCAAUUGUAACGUGUCAAAAUUUAUUUGGUAUUAAACUAUUACCGAUACUCUUCAUCAGCUGUACACCAGAAUGUUUACAAAAAUUACUUUCCAAUGAAAAUGAUACUACUAAUAUUCCGUCCAAAAAUGCUUUUACUGUUCAUGAUCAAUUUAUUGCUAAACUGAAAAAGCGUCACAUGUGA